AUGAGCCCAACCGACGCUACCGACGCCCCUUUCAAGAUCAACAAGUUUGACGGAACGAACUUUCAUCUGUGGAAGUUCAAGAUGUCCAUGAUCCUGGAAGAGAAGGACCUUUGGGAUGUCGUCAUUGGAAACGAAAAGUGGGAAGACCAGCCCGACGAUGCUGCUCGCAUGAAAUUCGUCAAGCGAAUGAAGAAA